AGUCGGGAUUUUCAGCGAAGAGGCGCCGCUCCAGCUAAUUUCACACCACGUGGCCGGCCCUGGUCGUCGCUGCUGCCGCGCCGCAGCCGUCACAGGUCGCAGGCAGACCGCUCCGCUGGACGACAGGAACGUUAGGAACGGCGGAAUCGGGAACGGCGGAGUCGUGAGACGUGAGAGUGUUGUCAGACGUAGUGCCCGUGUGCCCCCGAAGUGAUAAAUUGAUUUCGUUCGACGAGAGACGGCACCGGCGCGCAUCUAUGGAUAUUCCUCGCGAUACGCGCAUGACUGAAUAACAAGAACGAGCGAACGCGGAUUUUUGGAUUGCACGCACACGAGAAAACCUGAGGAGAGGAAGAGCAGCAAAGGCGUAAGGAACUUUGAGCGUCGAGUGAUUCUGGAGGUUUCCGUGCACGCAGAAGAUCACCUCAGGCGAUCGCGAUGGCUACACUAUCUUUGCGCAUCUCCAUACCGGAAAAAAAUGCCACCAAGAUGAUGCAGUUCGAUCCCAGCACAUCGGUGUACGAUGCCUGUCGUAUUAUCAGAGAAAAACUUGCCGAGGCCAGCAACAUGGGUCAACCGAAAGAUUAUGGCCUGUUUCUCGCUGAUGAAGAUGUGAAAAAGGGAGUCUGGCUUGAACCCGGGCGAAAUCUCGAUUACUACAUCUUGAGGAAUGGAGAUCUGCUUGAAUAUCGUCGUAAGCUCCGUACACUUCGGGUCCGAAUGCUGGACGGAACGUUGAAGACUAUGUUGGUGGACGAUAGCCAGCCCGUGGCUAAUCUUAUGGUAGUGAUAUGUACAAAGAUAGGUAUCACGAAUCACGACGAGUAUUCUUUGGUACGCGAGCUGGUGGAAGAUGAAAACGAUAAUCAGAAACCUGGAAAUUUCGGUACUCUCACGUUGAAAAGAAAGAAAGAAGAGAAGGGCGAAAGAGAUGCAAAGAUGGAACAAUUGAGAAAGAAGUUAAAAACCGAUGACGAAGUAAAUUGGAUAGAUCCGAGUAAGACCUUGCGUGAACAAGGUAUAGAUGAAUCCGAAACCGUUUUGUUGAGGAGGAAAUUCUUUUUCUCGGAUCAAAAUAUCGACAGUCGCGAUCCUGUACAAUUGUCGCUGUUAUAUGUGCAAGCGCGAGAUGCGAUUUUGGACGGUACGCAUCCAAUUACUCAAGAAAAGGCUUGCGUUUUCGCCGGGAUUCAGUGCCAAAUCCAAUUUGGCGAUCACAAAGAGGAGAAACAUAAACCGGGUUUCUUGGAUCUUAAAGAGUUUCUACCACAAUCAUAUGUAAAAGUGAAAGGAAUCGAAAAGAAGGUCUUCGCGGAACACAAGAAACAUAUUGGACUUUCAGAGCUGGACGCCAAGGUUCUAUAUACUAAAACCGCCAGGUCACUGAAUACGUACGGCGUCACAUUCUUCUUAGUAAAGGAGAAAAUGAAGGGCAAGAACAAACUGGUACCACGUCUACUCGGCGUGACAAAGGAUUCUGUCCUGCGACUCGAUGAGAAGACGAAAGAAAUUCUAAAGACGUGGCCGUUGACGACCGUGCGGCGUUGGGGCGCCUCACCGAACACCUUCACUCUCGACUUUGGUGAUUAUUCUGAUCAAUAUUACAGUGUACAGACUACCGAAGCAGAGCAGAUACUCCAGUUGAUCGCUGGUUAUAUUGACAUUAUCCUGAAGAAACAGAAAGCGAAGGAUCACUUCGGUAUUGAGGGAGAUGAGGGAUCUACUAUGGUGGAGGAUAGCGUGUCGCCACUAAAAGCCACCAUCAUGCAACAUGAGACUAGCAAUGUCGGUAAAGGAAAUGUAGAAGCUGUUUCAGUCGCAAUACCAGCUGUUAUGAGGGCCGGAGGAGAUGGGGCUCGACCAUAUGGGACCGGUCACAUAGGUGGUGCCCAGUACACGACCGUCAGUGGACAGGUGAACAUCGCUCAUGCUCCGCCUAUGGUCCAACAAACUAAGGUGACAUCCGUCCUAUCUGAACCGCAACGUGCCUUAUUAUCAACUAUCACCGCUGGUCAUGAGGUGAUCCACAUCGCUGAGACAGAACUGAUUACAAAGGCUCAAUUACCCGAACUCGGCACAGAUCCGGCGUCCUUAAGAUGGAUCGAGCAGACGAUCGACACCCACAAACAGAAUGUGGGCUCGCAGAUCGCAGCGAUGAACGCCGCGACCGCUCAGGUGGUCACGUUAACUUCCGGACCAGCAGACGACGUCGAUCACACGGCAGUGGGAGCAGCAAUUACCACAAUUGCCACGAAUUUACCUGAAAUGACGAAAGGUGUACGAAUGAUAGCUGCUCUCAUGGAUGAUGAGUCAUCCGGCGAGCGACUAUUAGACGCCGCCAGGAAACUAUGUUCUGCAUUUUCGGAUUUACUGAAGGCCACAGAACCUGAGACCAAGGAGCCGCGGCAGAAUCUAUUAAAUGCGGCGUCACGAGUGGGUGAAGCGUCGCAUCAAGUAUUGACAACUAUUGGCGAGGAGGAUGACUCGAACCGCGAGCUGCAAGAUAUGUUACUCGCGCUCGCUAAAGCCGUGGCCAAUACUACUGCUGCUCUGGUAUUGAAAGCAAAGAAUAUAGCAGCCACAUGCGAAGACUCCGCCACGCAGAAUAGAGUGAUAUCAGCUGCUACCCAGUGCGCACUGGCUACAUCUCAGCUCGUAGCUUGCGCAAAAGUUGUAGCACCGACUUUACACUCGCCCGCGUGUCAGACGCAACUAAUGAACGCCGUUCGCGAAGUAACGAAGGCUGUGGAACGUCUAGUUCAAGUUUGCAAUGAGACGUGCAGCGAUGAAAACUUACUGAAAGAGCUGAGCAUUGCCGCCGCUGAGGUUAGCCGUACCUUGAACGAUCUUCUUAAUCACAUUAAGACCGCCACUAGAGAACGCGCCAAGGAAUCUAUCCAGGAAGGUGCAGUGGAAACUAUUUUGGUUGCAACAGACAAAUUGUUCGCCAGCACUGGCGAUGCCGGCGAGAUGGUACGACAGGCGAGAGUGGUCGGUCAAGCUACCGCGCAGUUGAUUCAAAGUAUUAAAGGUGAGGCGGAAAGACAGACAGACUCAGAACAACAACAGCGUCUAUUGGCGGCGGCAAAACUACUCGCCGACGCCACUGCCAAGAUGGUAGAGGCGGCACGGCAGUGCGCUAGCAGUCCGCACGACGCCAAGAUGCAAGAUCAACUGCGUCAAGCAGCGGAAGAGUUGCGAGCUGCAACUACAGCGGCAGCAACCCCGGCGUUACGUAGAAAACUUAUCACACGUCUAGAAGCGUGUGCCAAACAAGCCGCAUCUACGGCCACGCAAUGUAUCGCGGCAUCUUCUGGUGCCGGCCACCAUAACACUAAUCCGGCCAGCCAGGAGGAGCUCAACAUGGAAUGUCGCAUGAUGGCGCAGCAAAUUCCAUACCUCGUAUCGGGAGUAAAGGGCACGCAGGCACAACCGGAUAAUUCUACGGCUCAGUUGAACCUGAUAAAUGCUUCCGAGCAGUUUCUGCAACCAGGCACCUCCGUUGUGAAAGCAGCCAGAGCCGUUCUGCCGACGGUCACCGAUCAGGCAUCCGCCAUACAACUGAAUAACACUUCGCAGCAGUUGGGAUCUUCGUUAGCGGAUCUUCGAUCGGCGGUGACGCGUGCCAGGGAAGCCUGUGGAGGAUUGGAGCUUGACGCUGCGGAGGAGCUAAUAAAUAGUCUGAAGGAUGAACUAGGCGAGUUUUAUCGCGCCGUUGAGGCCGCCUCAUUGCGACCGUUACCGGAAGAGACGACAGAAUCAACCGCGUUGCGACUCGGUGCUACGUCGAAGAACGUUGGAUUCGCUAUGGCACAGCUAUUAUCCGCCGCCAAGCAGGGCAAUGAAAAUUACACCGGAAGCGCAGCUAGAGAAACGGCGUCGGCCUUGAAAGAUCUCACGUACGCCGUACGCGGUGUAGCCGCCACAUCCAAUCAGCCGGAAACGCAAAAGAAAGUGCUGAUGACAGCAGACGAUGUGAUCCUGCGAUCGCUACGACUGGUGAAGGAAGCUCGACGUGUACUGAAGAAUCCCGAUGAUCCUGAGAAUGAGGUCAAUCUAGCUGCGGUUGCAAAAGAUGUCUCCAAUUCAUUGAACAAAUGCGUGUCCUGUCUACCCGGGCAAAGAGAUGUCGAUGAAGCGAUAUGCAACAUUGAUGAUAUGACUCAAGUGCUCAACUUGAACGAGUUUCCGCAAACAAGCAAGAGUUAUGGGCAAUUGCAGAGUGAUCUCAACAAUGCUGCCGCCAAUUUGAACGAUGCAUCAUCGAAUGUAGUAUCAUCCAUACGUUCACCCGUACAACUUGCAAAUUCGUCGAAACAAUUCAUCAAUGCUUUCGGAGAUUUGUUGGGUGUGGGUAUGGAGAUGGCAAGUCAGACAACGGUUGAAACUCGCAGUCAGGUGGUAGUAUCGUUGAAGAAUGUUAGUAUGACGUCCAGCAAGCUUCUCAUGACCGCUAAAUCGAUCGCAGCUGAUCCCACUGCGCCAAACGCGAAGAAUCAACUCUCGGCGGCGGCUCGUGCAGUCACCGAUUCUAUAAAUUAUCUAGUAGACGUGUGCACUUCAGCGGCACCCGGACAGAAUGAGUGCGACAACGCUAUCAGAAACAUUCAAUCCAUGCGAUCUCUAUUGGAUAAUCCGAGCGAACCCAUCUCCGAUGCCUCAUAUUUCGAGUGCUUAGAGACCGUCAUGGAAAAGAGUAAAAGCCUCGGGGAUGGUAUGACUGGCAUCGCGAAUCACGCGAAAAAGUCGGAACACGAGCAGUUUUCCAUCGCGGUUCGCGGAGUCUCCUCUUCGAUUUGCGGCUUGAUCGAAGCAGCGGCUCAAGCAGCCUAUCUGGCGGGCGUGAGCGAUCCCACGUCGGUAGCAGGUAAACCGGGUCUGGUGGAUCAGGCGCAAUUCCUGCGAGCAGCGCAGGCCAUUCAUAGUGGUUGCCAGAGUCUCGGUAGCCCGACCAGUACGCAACAGCAAGUGCUCUCAGCCGCUACUAUGAUUGCCAAGCAUACCAGCGCGCUUUGUAAUGCAUGUAGACUCGCGUCCAGCAAAACUAGCAAUCCGGUAGCCAAGCGGCACUUUGUUCAAUCUGCCAAAGACGUCGCCAAUUCAACAGCAUGCCUUGUUAAGGAAAUCAAGGCGCUUGAUCAAAAUUAUUCCGAUAUCAACCGCGAAAAGUGUGCGGAAGCCACGAAACCAUUACUCGAGGCAGUUGAUAAUCUUUGCACGUUCGCGAGUUCUCCUGAGUUCGCAAGCCAACCAGCCAAAAUAUCCAUUGCAGCUAAAGCCGCUCAGGAGCCGAUCACCAGCGCUGGUAAGUCCAUCAUCGAUGGCUCGUGCGCGAUGGUACUGGCGGCCAAGAGUCUCGCGGUCAGUCCGAAGGAUCCGCCGACCUGGCAGCUGCUGGCUAAUCACAGCAAGAGCGUCAGCGAUUCAAUCAAAUCACUGGUAGCAUCGAUCCGUGACAAGGCGCCUGGUCAGAAGGAAUGCGAUGCUGCGAUUGAGAAAUUGUCGGUACGAAUACGCGAACUCGACGCCGCUUCGUUGAGUGCAGUUUCACAGGCGCUAAUGUCGCGCCGCGAGAAUACCGUGCAGGGAUUCACGGAUCAGAUGGAGAGCAGUGCAAGCGAGCUGCGUGAAAAACUGGAGCCAUUGCGUAUUGCUGCCAAGUAUGAGGCAGAGAAUGUUGGCCAUGCCGUCAAUCAGAUCGCUCUUUACUCGGAACCACUCGUUUCUGGCGCAAUCGGUGCCGCGUCCAAUAUGGUGCAUUCGAAGCAGCAGAUGGUGUUAUUAGAUCAGACGAAGACCGUAGCCGAAUCUGCGUUGCAACUGAUUUAUAUCACCAAAGAAUCUGGUGGCAAUCCAAAGGCUGUUGCGUUACAUACUGAGGUGGACGAGACCGUUGAAUCCACUAAAGAUGCGCUUCAAGAAUUACAGAAUACCUUGGAGACUAUAUCGACAUCUGCGGGCAUCGUUACUGGUCUGAUCGACACGAUUUCUCGUGCGAUGGUGAGAUUGGAGGAUCAUCGUAUGUCCACUAUCGACACUGUAGACUCUUACGUGGAUUAUCAGACAAGGAUGGUCGAAGCUGCCAAAGAGAUCGCUCGAUUGGCACAAGAAAUAUCUACCAAAUCAAGCACCGACGUAGUUAGAUUGGGACCCCUAGCGGUCGAUAUAUCACACAAGUAUACUCAACUCGCUCGCGAUACCUCCGGAGCAUCCGCGGCUGCCUCCAAUGCUGAUGUAUCCGCCAGACUUCGUACUGGCGUUCAAGAACUCGGCCGAGCUUGCGCGGACAUUGUUCGCGCCGCCGGCACAUGUCAGAUGUCACCCGGUGACGCGUAUGCCCAACGAGAGGUCGCGGAGCAUAGUAAAAUCGUAACCGAGAAGGUAUCGCAAGUAUUAGCUGCAUUACAGGCGGGCUCGCGCGGCACUCAGGCGUGCAUCAAUGCUGCUAGCACAGUUUCCGGAAUUAUUGGUGAUCUUGACACCACCAUCAUGUUCGCCACCGCUGGUACGCUGCAUGCUGAAAACGAAGGUGAUACAUUCGCCGAUCAUCGCGAGAAUAUAUUGCAAACUGCGAAGGCCCUGGUAGAAGAUACAAAGACAUUAGUGGCCGGAGCAGCGUCCUCGCAGGAACAACUGGCUGUCGCAGCACAGAACGCGGUAUCGACGAUUGUUCAGCUUGCCGAGGUCGUCAAAUACGGUGCAGCCAGUUUAGGCAGUCAGAAUCCAGAGGCCCAAGUGAUGCUGAUCAAUGCCGUGAAGGAUGUUGCAUCUGCACUCGGCGAUCUCAUACACGCCACCAAAGCCGCCAGUGGCAAACCCAUCAAUGAUCCCAGUAUGGCGCAUCUGAAAGAUUCCGCCAAGGUAAUGGUGACCAAUGUAACGUCAUUACUGAAAACAGUGAAGGCCGUGGAGGAUGAACAUACGCGUGGUACCAGAGCGUUAGAGUCCACAAUCGAAGCUAUAGCUCAGGAGAUCCGAGCGCUCAGCAGCUCAGAAACACAGAGGAGCAACGUUACACCAGAGGAUCUCGUGCGUUGCACGAAGAGCAUCACCAUAUCAACGGCGAAGGCGGUCGCCGCUGGCAACAGUUGCAAGCAGGACGAUAUAAUUGCCGCCGCCAAUAUGGGCAGGAAGUCUAUCAGCGAUAUGCUGACCAUCUGUAAGGGCGCGGCCCACAAUUGCGCCGAGACCACCGAGCUGUGUGAACGUACCCUUCAGGCGGGACACGAUGUUGCCAUCAAUUAUCGGGAACUGCUUCAAGCCAUCUUGCAGAUAUCGUCAAGAUCAGGUGACAAACACACCUUGCCAGCGAUCUCGCGCAAAAUCGCGCAGAGCGUAACGGAACUGGUGGCGGUGGCGGAGCUAUUGAAAGGCAAUGAUUGGGUCGACCCUGACGAUCCUACGGUGAUCGCGGAGAAUGAAUUACUCGGGGCAGCUGCCAGUAUCGACGCAGCCGCCAAGAAAUUGGCGAGUUUAAGACCGAGGAGAAGCAUUCAGGAAGCUAAUGAAGAUAUGAAUUUCGAUGAAAUGAUUUUGGAAGCCGCCAAAUCAAUCGCCGCCGCUACUUCGGCAUUAAUAAAGGCCGCCAGUGCCGCUCAACGAGAACUUAUCGCGACCGGCAAGGUAUCACGCACGCCACUGACCAGUUCUGAUGAUGGGCAAUGGUCCGAAGGUCUGAUUUCGGCCGCUCGAAUGGUCGCAGCCGCUACUCACAGCCUCGUCGAAUCCGCGAAUGCUCUCGUUCAAGGAGUAAGCUCCGAGGAGAAGUUGAUUUCCAGCGCUAAGCAGGUUGCCAGCAGCACGGCGCAACUGUUGGUCGCUUGCAAGGUCAAAGCCGACCCUGACAGCGAGAGCACGAAACGUCUGCAAGCGGCUGGUAAUGCCGUGAAACGUGCUACCGAUAAUCUCGUACGCGCUGCGCAACAGGCUAUCCAGCAAGAAGAGGAUAGGUCGUUGGUCCUAAACCGCCGUAUGGUGGGUGGUAUCGCGCAAGAAAUCGACGCACGCUCGGAGGUUUUGCGAAUUGAGCGCGAGCUGGAGGAAGCCCGAGGCAGGCUGACCGCCAUUCGUCUAGCCAAAUAUAAGAAUCGACCGGAUUUAGCUGAUGGAGAUGGUGACGUAGCAGGCGAUCAGAGCGGCUAUCAAAGUUACACCACUCGGUACGAGACGAGGGCGUACGAACCACAAACUUCGCCCAUUCAGACAAUGAAUCAUACUCUGGACCAAUUGCAGUCCACCACGCAGCACAUUAGUCAUCAAUUUGCCGAUCAGCAGAAUCUGGUGAGUCCCGAGAAGGUACAUUCGACGCAGAGCACCCUCGAGAGAAAGAUGAAGGACAGUCAAUACCGAUCUACCGUGGAUCAUUAUGGAUCCCUGGACAGAAAAUACACUGUCGAUAGUUAUCAGGACAGGAGUCCGUACAUUGUCACCGAGAGGAAGAUUAUAACAGAUAAUUCACCCGGCCAGUACAGUUCAAUUGAGCGAAGAAUCAAUCAGGAGAGUUACGUUGCAGACAGAAAACACACGGACGGAAUCGUUUCCUAUCCGCCACCUCAACACAUCUCGUAUGCGACAAAAUCCCCGACCCCCAAGAUCGUUCAGGAACAGAUUGCCGAGGACCGAAAGUCCCCACAAGAUCAACUAAAGUAUCCAACUGAUCGGUUUUCAAGCGUCAGUCCGAUGAGUACGUUCCGUUCCGAGAAGCAAGUGGACACUCAACGAUUCAGCAGCGGUAUCCCACAGCAUCAGACAUUCAAGAAUGUUGAGAGUAAGACCAUUCCCGGUCACAAAAUUGAGACUAUCACGACGAAAGUAUAUACGUCCACGCCCGGCAAGAAUAUCAGUAGCUCCAACUAUGAGACUACCGAGGAGACCAAGCAAUACACAUCCGGCAACGAGCUGUCGACAUUCAAAGGCAGCGAUAACGUCGAAGAACGUAUGAUGAAGCAAUCAAUGCAUAAAGUCACGGAGAAGAAGACCGUCACUAUGACGAUGUCGAGUCGACAGGAGUCCAACACGAAGACUUUCCGUUACGAGGACAAGCAGUGAAAAUAAGAAAAGCCCUCUGUAAUUAGAAGCGGUAAUUUUGUCCAGAGAUGAGAUCUUAAGAAAAAUGACCUGUCUAAAUUCGAGCCUAAAAAAUGCAAUAUAAAAACCGCUAAAAUACAGAUAAAAUUAUUUUAAUACAAUAAAUAAUUUUCUCACUAUUGAGAGAGAUUAACGAGCUUUUAAAUCAAGAUUGAAAUGAGAAUAAUGACAGUGGUGGUUUUUGUCGAAUAAUGACAAAGACGAGCUUUAACAAGGACCUCACCAAUUUCAUCGAGAAUCUGUUUCUCGUUAAGAGCGUUUAAAUUUAUCGCAUUUUCAAAACAAGGAAAUGUAGCAGAAUUAUUUAUUAGUGAAACGAUAGAAAGUGUCCUUAGAUACAUGUAAUACAUGUCCUUUCAAUCAAUAGCCUUACGAAUGUAUUUAACAUUGGAUUUCACGAUCAUGAGCCAUGGAUCGUUUUUCAAUAGCCAUAUAAUUGAUCUUACGAGACACAAAUUGAUAUAAUAUUAUAUCAAACAUA